ACAGCCCACACUCUCCAGCUUCCAAGUCCAAACCCUACCACCGCCGCAUCGCCGCCUCCGCCUCCGAUCCCCCUUCACCGCUCGUCCCGUACGCUCCGGCCACCCUCGCCUCCGGCGACCGCCAUUCCCGCAAUCAUUUUCUUUUUGCUUCUGCGGUGUGCAGGAACGAGCGGGAGGAAAAAGAAGCCACUUGGCUGGUACAGGCAGCGCUGAAGGAUGCCGCUGGGGCUCAUACUGAGUUCGCUCGGGCGGUCGAUGCGGCGGAAGCGGAUUUCUUCGCUAGACAUCCUCUCCUCCAAACGUGCGCCCCGGGAUUACUACAAGGGCAAGAACUGCAAGCCCACGGGGUUCCACACCCGCAAAGGUGGAUAUGUGAUUGUUGAUGAAAAGUUGCCAAGAUUUGUAGUCCCCGAUUUGACUGAUUUCAAGUUGAAGCCAUAUGUGUCACAAUGCGCCAGGGACCUCACGGCGUCCACGACAUCCUCGACUACAGCUGAAUCUUCUGAAAACAAGAGUUGAUCUUACGCAUCUGCUUUAGUGAAUGCUUGCGUUUUAUAAGAAUGCUCUCAAGAGUUUAUGUUUUCGUGGAGAGUGCCGAUGUUCGGAGCUUAGCAUCAGGCCAUCAGCAGCCUAGCUACAUGUGGACUGUUCAGAUAGCUUUCUUGUAAUGACAGACUUCAUGCCGCAGUAUAAAUCGUGUCGACUUUCUUGUCCUCACAUGUACCCAUGCACAAUUGUCGCUGUUUCUUCCUGUAAAUUUGAUUUUCAUUUCGAAGUAAAGAUUGAAGCUAUGUUGCACCC